GCCUUCGCGAGCCAGCAGCCCAUUCGAAAGAGGGAGGCCUACGAGCUACGCGUUGGGUCCAUCCACUCCCGAACCCUAAUCUGCUUGCCCAAUCGGAUCGAAGCUGGAGGGGAACGAGACUGGCGGUCGUUCCCAAUACCAAUCCCGAUCCAUCCAGCCGCCCAAUCCCGAUCCAUCCAGCCGCCCAAUCCCGAUCGAGGCUUAGGGAAUCGAGACUACCGGUGGUUCCCAGCGACCUGAGGAGAGGAGCAGCGCCCCGGUGAAUCCCGACCGGAGGAACAAGAUGCGCUAAUGCGUGUGAAGAAAGGUGGGGGCGAGGGAGAUAAUGGCGGGCUCCUCCCCUGCUUGAAACUACGCUGCCCUCCUUAAGCUCGCAAUUAUGGUCCUCUGCUGGAAACUGCUCCUCUCUCCUUGAAGCUCGCAAUCAUGGCGUAUUAUUCAUUCAUGGCUGGUAAAUUUGCAAGCUUUUCAUAUGGGCAGUGGUACCAUAUAAUGCUUCCCUCCCUGGCUUUGUAUGCACACCCUACUCCAGGAUCUACAUCUUCUUCAGCGAUAUGCUCAGGUGAUGUUCAUGCUACGUGUGCACAAUUGAUUUGGGCAGAUUCUGCAGCUUCCAACUGUCCAUUCUUGUGCUCAGCCGUUGAUCAUCCCUCAAAUGGCUUUUGGACAGCAAUGGCUAUUGUGAGGGCAGCAGGGAUACACCAUUAGAACUGACCUUAUUCUUUCAAGAGCUAAGAUCUACUCUGAUGUAUCUUCCAAAAGCUCAAAAAUAUCAGGUUUAACUAAUGGCAACACAGCCACGAACAGAUUCAAGCAUCUACCCCAGCCACUUCUUCACCACUCCAGGCAGAAGCGCAAGCACUUCUUCUUGCAGCCAACAUAUCCCAGCUCCUCCAGGUCUAGCAGCCCACUUUCCUCACAGAUAAUCUCACCCUUGCCAAGGAGGCGGCACCUAGGAACGUCACUGCUGACAUUGUUCCUUGGGCGGUCAAAAAGCAUCUUGCUCAUUUCUACAGGACCACCGAAGAAUUGCAGCCGCAGGUGUUUCACAUCUCUAGGGAAAACAAUGGUAUUGCUCAUAAUGUAGCUCAUUAGGUUCUGAAUCAUUCCAUUGAACCCGUUUUUAGCUGUUUUGGUUCAGCUCAUAGGUAUAGAACAUGCCAUGUAAUUUCUCUCCUCUCUUCUGUAAAUCUCCAGGGUGUUUUUCUUUACGUUGUACAGUGUACAAUGCUUUUGAGCUGGAUGAAUUUGUCGCCUUUGAUGCUUUUCUCUGUUUAAGAAAAAGCUUAUACAGUAAUGAUUACAUGCUAA